ACAAAGGGUUUGGGGGUGGGAGAGAAAAAAAUAAAUAAAUAUGUGAGAUGCAAAAGAAGGCACGUGCGGUGGGUGGUCUCUGGCACGCGGAUUUCACGUGGCUCUGUAGCCAAGCCUCCACACCGUCAUCAUCAUCAGUCCGGUGCGGCAGCAGCAGCAGGAGACCACAUCCCGACCAUCAUGGCUGUGGAGCUGGAGCCUGCAGACGUGCUGCGUCUGAUAAUGCAGUACUUGAAGGAGAAUAACCUGUACCGCACGCUGAGCACCUUACAGGAGGAAACCACCGUCACCCUCAACACGGUGGAGAGCAUCGAAAGCUUUAUGGAAGACAUAAACAGAGGCCACUGGGACUCGGUUCUGAUGGCCAUCGAGUCCCUCAAGCUGCCUGACAACACGCUCAUCGACCUCUACGAGCAGGUUGUGAUGGAGCUGAUAGAGAUGAGGGAGGCGGGAGCCGCUCGUUCUCUCCUCAGACAAACCGACCCGAUGAUUAUGCUGAAGCAGACCCAGCCAGACAGAUACACCCACUUGGAGAAUUUGCUGACGUGCUCUUACUUUGACCCUCGUGAGGCGUACCCGAAAGGCAGCAGCAAAGAGAAGCGGCGCAGAGCGAUCGCAGAGGCUUUGGUGAGGGAGGUCAGCGUGGUGCCGCCUUCUCGCCUCGUUGGGCUCCUGGAAACAGUCAGUAACGUGAGACGGCAGCAGCAUCCACGCUAUCUCUCCCCUGACACAACCAUCAACACGUCCUGCAGCAAGGAGCAAAAACAGGAGAAAGAAGCCUUUCCAACGCAGCUGUACCGCCACAUAAAGUUUGGACAGAGGUCACAUGUGGAGUGUGCCCGUUUCUCGCCUGACGGAAAGUAUUUAAUCACCGGAUCAGUGGACGGCUUCAUAGAGGUCUGGAACUUCAACAGUGGAAAAAUUAGCAAGGAUGUGAAGUACCAGGCCCAGGACAGCUUCAUGAUGAUGGAUGAUGCUGUGCUCUGUAUGUGCUUCAGUCAUGACUCAGAGCUGCUGGCAACAGGAGCUCAGAACGGCAAAAUAAAGGUGUGGAAGAUCCAAAGCGGCCUGUGCGUGCGCAGGUUCGAGCACGCUCACAACAAAGGCGUGACGUGUCUGAGUUUUUCCACGGACAGCAACCAGAUCCUCAGUGCCUCUUUUGACCAAACCAUCAGAAUCCAUGAGCUGAGGUCAGGGAAGAUGCUAAAGGAGUUAAAGGGCCAUUCAUCGUUUGUAAAUGAUGCUUCUUUAACUCGUGAUGGUUCUCACGUCAUCAGCGCAUCCUCUGAUGGAGCUGUGAAGAUCUGGAACAUGAAAUCUUGCGAGUGCGUUCAMACUUUCAAGUGUCCGUCACCGGCGUCGGACGUGCCGGUCAACAACGUGAUUCCUCUUCCCCAAAACCCCGAGCAGUUCUUGGUUUGUAACCAGACCAACACAGUGGUCAUCGUGAGCAUGCGUGGUCAGACUGUGAAGACGUUCUGUUCGGAGCGAGCAGGAGCAGCAGGCUUUGUGUGCUGCACCCUGUCGCCCCGCGGGGAGUGGAUCUACUGUGUGGGAGAAGACUGUGUGCUCUACUGCUUCAACUGCACAUCAGGAAGACUGGAGAAAACUCUGACUGUUCACGAGAGAGACGUAAUUGGCAUCGCUCACCACCCGCAUGAGAACCUGAUUGCCACAUACAGUGAGGACGGCCUACUGAGGCUUUGGAAACCAUGAACUAYGACCAGCAUGCUCAUCUGUGUGCAGUUUCAUUUGUGCAUAAAGUUUUGGUCAUGCACCAGUCUUUACCAGUAGACAGACAGGUGUUUGGAAGUUGUAGGGCCACAGAGUAAAAAAAAAAAAAAAACAUGAUUUUUUUCUAGAGUUCUGGAAUUAAUCUCAGAAUACUGAGAGAAAAAAAGUCAGAACUCAGUAAAUUUAUUUUUUAUUGCUUUAUUUUUUGCUCUGUGGCCCUAAUCCUCUUCUGUAAAGUUGUCAUCAGGAGCUUAAAAGUUMUUUUUGUUGCCUGAGCUGAUUCUUAGAGCUGACUAUAACUCACAUCGCCACAGAAACCUUUGAACGUCAUAACAGGGCAGAAAAUCCAUCUGUAAGAUGUGUGUUUGCCACCACUGYUUCUUAAAGAAUUAACACAGCAAUUCAUUUGUAGUCGAUGGCAUUAAUUUGGCUAAUGGAUGACAACAAAUACACUGCAAAAAAUGUAAUAUCUCCAAUGAAAGUUAGGGUUAAUCCAUAUUUUAUACUGCAUUUAUUCCAAAACAUUGUUGUACCUGUCCUCGUGUACAAAGUGCUCGAGCUGUUUUAUUUUUCAAAUAUGAAUUUAUUUUCCAAAAGCCUUUAACUCUGUCAGUUCCUCCACUCUGCACAUAAACUCUUCCUCUUGAGCUUUUUGAUUCAUCGCUUCUGUCUUUAGCCGUCACAAAGUGCAUGAUGGUGAACUGUCGUCAGAAACUUUUCUGUUACUGCCUCAUGUUUGRACAAACACAAACAGUAUCAAACCCUAACCAGCUUUUUUUUUGUUGUUGAUUUAUUGAAUCUGGUUUGUUCCCUGCAUGCUACCUCAGCUCACUGCCUAAACAUGGCUCUGCAAUAAUUUCUGUCUUUUGAUAUAUGCAUGGUCGUAAAUGGUGGACCUCUAAUGAACUUCCAGUGACACAUUCUGUAUCCAGUGUGCAAACUGUAGCUGUGUUUAAUUGUACUUGGUAUUCGGCCAGUAUUACUUGCACUAUAUAUGUAUCUGUUAUACACCAAUGUCAAGUCAUUGCACUCUAUUUUUAAUACUUAUUGCAUUAUGUAAACCACUGAAAAAAGAAUUAUCAAUAAAUUAAAAAACUCCAGUGAUUCAGUGCCUUGUACUCUAGUUUAAAAUAGCAAUCUAAAGCUGAAAAGAUAACUAGAAGCUAAAAGUAGCUUGAAUUAAGCUGUUUUGUGUUGUUAAAAUUUGAAAAUACUUUAGGACAGAGAAAAYGUCUUUUUAGGGUAGACUAUAAAAUAUUGUCUCUGUAUAUUUAUUCAUGUCAGGAGGGAGURUUUCAAAUAUCAGAACAAAAGGAAAACAGGAAAAAAUGUAAUCAUUUUCAGACAGACCUGCAAGCCUCUUUUUGAGUUUCGUUUAUUUUGUUUGUAACCUCUCAAGAGGAAAUAUAUAACAAAUUGGUGUAAACAAAUAUGCCAAAAAAAAAAAAAAAAA